AUGGCAGACGACGACGCGGCUUCUGUGCGUGUGGCCGUGCGCAUCCGGCCGCUCAUUGGCCGCGAGAAAGUCGAGCGCUGUGACGAGUGCGUGUCCGUGCUGGAGGAGGAGAAGCAGAUCGUCAUGGGCAAGAACCGCGCCUUCACGUACGACUACGUGUUCGGCAAAUACGCCCAGCAGCGCGACAUCUGGUGCUGCGUGGACCCGCUGAUCCGAGCGACGUUCGAUGGCUACAAUUCCACCAUUUUUGCCUAUGGCCAAACAGGUUCGGGGAAGACGUACACUAUGGGCAGUGGCAGCGCGGUGCACAUUCCACCGGAGGAUUACGGCAUCAUUCCGCGAGUGAUUAGCUACAUGUUCGAUCAAAUGGACGUGAAGAUGCAGGAGAACGAGCGCUACAAGGCCACGCUUAAGAUUCGGUUUCUGGAGAUUUAUGGCGAGGAAAUCCACGACCUCCUCGUACCGCUGGGAGGCUCGACAGGAGUCAAUAAGGUCAGUUUGCGUGAAGCAGAGCAUGGCGAAGUGCAGGUGACAGGAGCUUCGGAAGUCCAAGUGACGGACGCUGAUGAGUGCAUGAGGUUGCUCGAGAGGGGCACGUUGUGUCGGACGACGGGCAGCACACUCAUGAACGCCCACUCGAGUCGCUCCCAUGCUAUUUUUACUGUUACCAUUGAGCAGCGCAUUCCUAUUGGUGACCAUCCUGCUGAUGGAAGGGCGAUGGAAGACGGCGACUACGAGACGAGAAACUCGUACUUCAAUUUUGUGGAUCUCGCAGGCUCCGAGCGCCAAAAGAGAACUCAAGCAGAGGGCAAGCGGCUGAAAGAAGGCAUCGACAUCAACAAGGGUCUUCUUGCACUCGGAAACGUCAUCAGCGCAUUGGGAGAUGACAAAAAACGAGGCAAGGUGCACGUUCCGUACCGGGACUCAAAGUUGACGCGCAUGCUUCAAGAUUCUCUGGGCGGCAACAGCCGAACGCUAAUGCUUACGUGUGUGAGUCCUGCCGAUGUGAACUUCGAAGAGACACUAAACGCGCUCAAGUAUGCAAAUCGGGCGAGGAACAUCCAGAACAAGCCUGUGGUCAACCGCGACGAAGCAUCAGCCAUGACCAUCGAGUUGCGUCGUCAGGUAGAAAUGCUGCAGAUGGAAGUGCAUCGACUGCGCAAUCCAGGACUUUCGGAAAACGAGCUGAGAAUGGACCGUGUGGGGACGGACUUCAUCGGUAUGACGAAUGACUUUGACUCAUUCGGCAACCUUCGAACUCGUGCUGAGAAUGCUGAAAGCGAAGUGGCUCGAUUGACAGCUGAGCUGAAGCGUGGCAAAACCCAAUUGGAUCAUUUGAAGGAAGAGAUGAUCGCAGCGCAAGCAGAGCGCGACUACUUGAGGCUGUGCGUCGAAGAAAGUGCGGGUGGAAGCUCUAUGUUGCCAGAGGAGAAAGAGGCAACGUCUAAUGUCCUGAAAGAGCAGCUUCGAACAAUCUAUGACUUGCAAGAAAAACUGCGCGCAAGUGAGCGGGACCGCGACAAUGUCAUGAUGCAUUAUCCGGAAUCGACGAGCAGCAGAAAGGGUUGUGGAGUCCGAUCAUCAACUGCUCGCGCAUUCGUCCUUCCCUCCCUGCCGGACGUCGAUACAAAGGUCAGUGGUGAUGAACUUCUUGAAAGGGCGGAGAAAGAGAUUGAGAGAGAAACGGCUUUGCUGAAUAAGCUGAAAGAAGGUGAUAGCGGCGAUGGCACCGGCGAUGACAGUGAUGAAAGCGGAGUCGAUAACGACGGUAAUGGCUCAGCGGACGGCAUUGAAGUCGAGGAGGAAAAGCAAGAGGAAGUAGAUCGUAUGCGCGUGUUCCAGCGACGCCAACGUCACCUUGGCGAGUCAGUCCAAGACCUGGCUCACGAUAUUUCCUUGAAAGAGCAGCUGGUGCGAAACAUUCGCCAAGCCCAAGAAAACUUUGACCGGAUGAGGAGUUUUUACGAACAGAAGAUGGCGCAGAUGGUGGAAGAGAUGUCUAACGCCGAAGUAAACCGUGACCGUCUCGUGGAGGAGAUCCAGCAGAUUGAAAUGACGGCAGCAGCUGGAGGUGACACGUCAGGAGAGAAUGGGCGACUGGCAAUGCUGUCACGAGAACUAAAGCUGAAGGAAGAGGAACUUCGUACGCUACGGAAGAAGCAAAAUGACAUAAGCCGUUUUAUGAACCAGAAGAAAAAGAACGAAAUGCAGCUACGUGUACUGAACUCGGAGAUUGGCAACAUGAAGCGGCAAAAGGUGGAUCUGGUCAAGAAAAUGCAGGAAGAGAGAAAGCGAUACGAAGAAGAGGCUAAACAGCGGCGCCGCGAGAUUAUGAGCCUCAAGCGCAGCCAACAGCGUGAUAAGCAGCACAUCUUGCGCUUGGGUUCUCAGAAGGACGCGCAGGAGCGAGUACUUAAGCGAAAGAUGGAGGAAGUCACGGCUGCGAAACAAAAGCUGAAGCAUCAGCAGCAACUGACAGCCGAGGCGAAGAAAAUGAACGCACUUUACGGUCGGAAGAAGACUGUUGUAUCUAAUCGAGCUGACCGCGAUGCCAAAUGGUUGUCCGAAGAGGUGAAACGGCGUGCCGAGGAGCAGCAAAAGCUGGAGCAAUUACAGAAGGAACGAGAGGCUGUCGUGGCGGAGAUGGAAAUACUUUAUGCUCAGCGAGAUAAGCUUGAAAAGGAAGUAAAGAACUCGAUUGCAUCUCAAACGAGCGUCCUGAAUGUGCUAACUCCGUCUACGCAAAGCUCACCGCACAGCCGCCCGAACAACGAAGAACAAGAAGAACAACUUACUGCUGCAGAAGAGCAGUUGCUCUUCGACUUGGAAGAGCGGAUCGAGGCUUGUCAAGCCCAGCUGGAGUACAAGGAAGAGAAAAUAUCGGAGAUUUCUGACGACGUGCAGGUGGUUGAUGGAGGCAAUGCGCUCGCGAAGAUUGAAAUGACACAGUCGUUGCCUGAGGCUCGGACGCUUUUGAAAACGCUCUUCGGUAUGGCAGUUGAUGUAAAGAAGCAGGAUCAGCGAAGGGAGCAAGAACUUGCCAAACUGCGAGUCGAAAAGACCGAUCUUGUCCGCCAUCUUGAACAAGAGAGAGAGAAAACGAUGCAAAUGAAGCAGAGUUAUGAAGAGUCCUUGCAGCGUGUGGCUAACGGUGGAACAAGCCUUGGUGAGCUGUCCUCCGCGCAUGAGACGCUCGAUGAGCGCAGUCGAGUGUUGUUGUCUGUGUCUGAAGAGAGGAAUGCCGUAUUGAAGAAGAAGUGCGAAGAGCUGGAAAGGUUUUUUUCCACGAGGGAUCGAGACAAUCAGUUGAUGGAAGACCGUCUGCUACAGGAACAGUCGGAUCUUGCGGCUAGCAAAGAGCGGGUCCAAUAUCUGGAAGCGAAGUUGAAAAAGUUAAGCGCUGUUGCUGUCGGCGCAAGCCAGAAACCAGGCCGAUCCCGCAAUUUGAAGGGCAACAAGUUGGCGGCCGUGCAACGGCGAGCACAACCGAGGCCGAUUUCCUGGACCAACGGGCUAGAUGAUGAUGAUGACGAGGAUAUGGGUACGGACGAGCACGAUGACGGACAUGAGCCGGAUGGCAACGAAGAUGCCUUCAUGGCAAGUGAUGACGACGACGCCAAAAUGUAUCGUCAGCUUGACAACGAUCACCGCCAUUUUGGGAUGGAGCCGGAGAGCGUGGGUGGAAGUGAUCUAGAACUCGGGUCGAUGUCAUUGCAGCAAAGGUCGUUGCUACUGCAGAAUGACGGUGGAGAAUAUGGUUUCCACGGCGAUGAUGGGAGAGAUGGUGAUGCAACGUCACCGCACAUGUGUAGCGACGAUUCUUCUGCCGCAUCAAAAUCUAUUUUCUCGCGACUGUCAAACCCGACGAAUUUCACGGGUAUUCACAAGAACCGUGUGCGGGAAAGCGCUUCCAAGCGUGAAGUCCUCCAUAGCCGCUCGGAGCGUAAUCGUGCCAGGCGACUGAAGGACAAAGGGCAGCUCAAGCCAUCAAAAUCGUUACAUGCUUCGACGGAACAGUUUGCUGGAGCGCCUGCAGGCCUCAAGAAUCCAGCUUCAGGCAAGAGCAACUCGGUCUUGGAAGUGCUCGCCAAUCUGAAGCGAGAGAACGAGUUUGAGCAGCAUCACGUCAGUAGCUCGUCCAGCUUGCGACAUCCGAUGUCCUACGUCACUAUAGACCGACCAAGGGACUACAGCAGCGACGACAGAGAGUUUGCUGUCCCAGGACCGCCGGCUCCGCACGAUGAUGUAUACUCGCGUUUAGCCGGCCAAUAUACGGCGUCAGCGAAGAGCAAACGUCAACCUGCGGUCGUUUCUGCCCGUCGUGAACAUGUGGGUGCAGAGGAGAGCCCCGGGAAAGCCUUGUUACGCAGAGUCGAGUCAGGAGACAAUGCGCGCGUCAACGACCAGCAUGGAUGUGACGAAGGUGCUGAUUAUACUGGAAGCGAGAACGAGUUCAGCUAUGAUCCGCUUCUCGGUGGAGACAGCCUCGUGAAACAGGUUCAUGAUGACUAUCGGGAGCGCAUAGCCCGACGGAACGCCGAUGCAAGGAGCCGAUCCGGCAUCAAGGACUGA